CGGCUUUUAUACUUUUCGUUGAAGAAGAGGAAAAUUGAAAAGAGUUUUAAUCAGUUUUGAAGUUGAAAUAGGAGAGAAAAUAAGUAGAAAGAGAUAGAGAAAGAGAAGGAAAUCAUUGAAGAAGAUAUUUCGUUGGUCCUUGUGUCCGAUCGCGAGGUUAUUUUGUCUGCAAAUCAUUAGGGUUUUGUUUCCGAUCUCGAUAUUAUUUUGCCUGCAAAUCAUUAGGGUUUCUUAACGUUACUUCUGCAACAGUUUUGGGUUAUCUUUCAGGGUUUUUUUUUUUUUUUUUGAGAAAAGUUGAAGUUGAUGGUGGAAAAAGUUGGGUCUUUUGGAUUUGGAGAGGAUUAUUGGUUUUGGGAGGCAGAUUGCUUUGGCUCUUGAAGUUUCGUGGUUGUGAUAGAGGAGAGGGGCUGUUGAGUUGGGGUUUGCUAGAGAUAUUGGAGAAGGCGAAGGAGAGCAUUGUCUAAUUAUGCGAACUUCCUGGGCGGAUUCUGUCUCUGCAGCUGAGAGCACAGCUGCCGGUUCGUCUGCCAAUAGUGGGGUUGGUAGCACUUCACGUCCUGCAAAAGCGUCUUAUGUUCCUCCACACCUCCGUAACCGGCCGCCGUCGGCUGAUCCUUCUGGACCUGCAUUCAGUGGCUCUGCCGUCAGCAAUGAUCGACCAAGUUAUGAUACUGGUUUAGGUGGAAAUCGGGGUUGGGGUGGUCCAAGGUCUGAUAUGGGGCGGCCUGGCGGCUACAGUGGUGGAGGGCGCCUUGGUGGUGGCGGUGGUGGUUGGAACAACAGUCGUGGUGGAUGGGAUCGUGGAAGGGAACGGGAGGUAAACCCUUUUGGAGAUGACGUUGACGUUGAUGCAGAGCCAGCAUUUACUGAGCAGGAGAACACUGGCAUUAACUUUGAUGCCUAUGAAGAUAUUCCGGUGGAGACCAGUGGGGAUAAUGUGCCACCACCUGUGAAUACUUUUGCAGAGAUUGACCUGGGUGAUGCUCUCAAUCAUAACAUACGGAGGUGCAAAUAUGUUAAACCAACACCUGUGCAGCGACAUGCUAUCCCAAUAUCCCUUGGAGGGAGGGACUUGAUGGCAUGUGCCCAGACAGGGUCUGGUAAGACAGCGGCUUUCUGCUUCCCAAUUAUCAGCGGAAUUAUGAAUGGACAGUUUGCUCAAAGACCUCGAGGUGCACGUACUGUGUACCCUCUCGCUCUUAUUCUCUCUCCUACGAGGGAGCUCUCCUGCCAGAUACAUGAGGAAGCUAGAAAAUUUUCCUAUCAAACUGGUGUCAGAGUGGUUGUUGCUUAUGGAGGAGCACCUAUUAAUCAGCAGCUGCGGGACUUGGAGAAGGGUGUUGAUAUUCUUGUGGCGACUCCUGGAAGAUUAGUAGAUUUGCUGGAAAGGGCAAGAGUUUCACUACAGAUGAUCAGAUAUUUGGCUCUUGAUGAGGCUGAUCGGAUGUUGGAUAUGGGUUUUGAACCACAAAUUAGAAGGAUCGUGGAACAAAUGGACAUGCCUCCACCAGGUGCUAGACAGACAAUGCUUUUCAGUGCCACUUUCCCAAAAGAAAUACAGAGAUUGGCCUCAGAUUUUCUUUCUAAUUACAUUUUUCUAGCUGUUGGAAGGGUUGGUUCAAGUACUGAUUUGAUUGUCCAAAGAGUUGAAUUUGUACUUGAGUCUGACAAGAGGAGCCACCUCAUGGACCUUCUUCAUGCGCAGAGGGCUAAUGGAACUCACGGAAAGCAAUCUCUGACAUUAGUUUUCGUGGAGACAAAGAAGGGAGCUGAUUCAUUGGAAAACUGGUUAUGUAUAAAUGGUUUCCCUGCAACUACUAUUCAUGGUGAUAGAACACAAAUGGAGAGAGAACAAGCGUUGAGAUCAUUCAAGAGUGGUGCAACCCCAAUUUUGGUGGCAACUGAUGUGGCAGCACGUGGGCUUGACAUACCUCACGUUGCGCAUGUCGUCAACUUUGAUCUUCCCAAUGACAUUGAUGACUAUGUCCAUCGGAUAGGACGGACAGGGCGUGCUGGCAAGACAGGGUUGGCCACUGCCUUCUUCAAUGAAAACAAUACCUCAUUGGCCAAGUCAUUAGCAGAUCUGAUGCAGGAAUCAAACCAAGAAGUACCUGUUUGGCUUACUCGUUAUGCGGCCCGAACUUCGUAUGGAGGUGGUGGUAGGAAUCGGCGUUCUGGCGGAGGCCGUUUUGGUGGCCGUGAUUUCCGUAGGGAUUCAACGUAUAAUAGAGGCGGGGGUAGUACAGAUUACUAUGGUGGAGGCAACAGUAGCGGUGGAUAUGGGGCUUUCCCUGGCGGAUAUGGAGGUGGAGGUGGUGGGGGUGGAUAUACCAGUGCAUGGGACUAGACAUCCCUAGCAUUUAGAGGACUCUUACCCCCAGAAUGGUACAUACUUCUUUUUCUUAAUUUAUAGGUUUAAAGGUUAUAAUUCUUUUCCCUCAGGAUAUGGUGUUGAAGUCCCUUUUUGUUGUCCAGCUGUUGCAAGUGUUUUAUUUUUCUGAUGUAGGAAUAGGGGCUGUGGGGAGAGUUUGAAGCUAGCAGGAAUGUUGAAACUUCUUAUUGAGAUAAUGGUUUGGGGUGGUUGCAGCUAACAGAUUUAGGGUAUUUUGAGAUUAUUAAAUGUCUUUUUUCUUUCCUUAUAGAAUCUGGGUGGGUAAUGGGUUGUAGGAUAUGUAAUGAGAGGGAGGGGAGGCUCCAAUUUUGGUAGUUUUUUCAUCUCUUGAGGCAUGUGCAUAUUCUUUUCAACCUAUUUUGAUGAGCGGGAUCAGUCAUGCUAUGGUCAUCUGUCCUUUUGUUUUGGAUUUUACAUCUUUUGCUUCUUGGGUCCUUGGCCCUUUUCUCUGCUGGGUUUUUCGGUUGGCUUACUGUCAUUGUAAUAUUCGGAGUGACAAAUAAAUCCAAAGCACUUUCAGGAAAAA